CAGGUGGUGGCACGGCACGCGAGCAGUCGGAAAAGGGUUGUGCGAUAUGUUGAGUCAAAGCAGCAAUAACCGUGUAUGACAGUGUCCUGUAGAUGCGACUUAGCGGAAGUUCUGGGUUGGAAAUGGUGCGAAACAGAAACGCGCAGGGUUCAAACGCCACCGAGAUAGAGAAGAAAAUCAAAAGGGGUAAUGCACUGCGGCAGUCGUCUGCAUGGAAGGGUUCCAGAGGGCCCGCGGCCUUGCUGCUGGUUGCUGUGUCUCUGUGCGGGGCGGCCGUGUGGUUGUACGUCACCUCUUACGACAGUGAGAUAACAGAGACGCUGGUCAGCCACAGUGAGCUGGUUACUUCCAAGCCCAGAGUCUUCCCCGUCCAGUGCUCCGAAGACUACGAGAACUAUAAACGCUACCCGGGAUGCACCCCUCAGAAGUGUGGCCGUGCAGUCACAGACAGCGUGGUGACAAGGGAGGAAGCUCAGGUCCUCCGGAGGCUGGCUGAGAGAGGGCUGGCGCUGGCUGGAUCAGAGGGAGGGGCUUCCAUACUUGACUUGCACUCUGGAGCGUUAUCGAUGGGGAAACAGUUUGUCAACAUUUACAGGUAUUUUGGGGAUCAGAUCGGAGAUGUUUUUACCCAGGAGGACUUCGAGCUGUACAGAGAUGUACGUGGGCGGAUACAGGCAGUUAUUGCUGAGACGUUUGGUUUGGAACCGACUCUGAUGUACCUCACCAAGCCGACCUUCUUCUCCAGAAUCAACAGCACAGCAGCCAAGACCCAACAUGACGAGUACUGGCAUCCCCACAUAGAUAAGGUGACUUAUGGCUCGUUUGACUACACGUCCCUGCUCUACCUGUCUGACUACGGCUCUGACUUCACGGGAGGAAGGUUUAUCUUCAUGGACCAAAAUGGUAACCGCACAGUGGAACCACGGGCAGGCAGAGUCUCUUUCUUCUCUUCCGGAACAGAGAAUCUCCACCGCGUCGAAAGGGUGACAUGGGGCACGCGCUUCGCCAUCACCGUGUCCUUCACCUGCGACCCAGCAUACGCCAUCGCUGACCCGGCUCUGCCCUCAGACACCCAGGGGUGACGAACAUGCUCGUGGCCUCAGAUGAGCCCUGCAGCAAAAAGACGGGGGAGGCAGAGGGGAGAGAGGAAGAAACAGGAUUUUUUUAUAUGGAGCUUUUACUUGUUACAUUGUUUUACUGCAGCUGCACGGUAAAAAGUUUUUCAUUGUAACAGACCCUUGUAUUAUUCUCCUUUUUUUUCUUUUACAGCAGUGUUUUUUUUUUCUUCUUCACAAUCAUAAUCGCAAUGGCAUGUUUUUGAUUCCUCAACACGUUUCCACAACUUGUGUCUCUUGAUCUUUUGGGGGGGGCCAGCUCAUGCAGAAAUUGCCUCUCAACUGACUCGAUAUCAAAGAAGCUAAAGUGGGAUCAUGUGCUUACUGUUUAUCUCUGGGUCAGAAGAGCUGCCAAUCCUCGAAGAAGAGAGAUACGAUGUGGUGAAUCACUCACCAUCACACAAUUCCCCACUCAGGUUUGCCCCCACACCCCUGACCCAGGAGGUGUUUUCUUCUAAGAAGAACCCUCCCCUUGUCGAGUGGAGAUAUCUCUUUCUAGUUGGUUAACAUUUAGUGGGUUGAUGAGAAUGAUUUGAAAUAAAAAAACUGACAAAACAUGAA